UUUUCAUAAAAUUUUUUUUAUUUUGUUACUUUGCUUCGUUACAUUUAGGGUUGACAUACUUUUUUUUAAAUAUUAUAGGGAAGGACGCUUAUCUUCCAUUCAAAAAAUGUCUAGGUCACAUUGAUGUAAAAUUUCCUUCUAUACAUAAACUCAGAACUUACUCUCAUAUACCUCAUUUACCUUCAUUCCCCUCUUAUUUUUUAAAUAUUUUUUCAGAAAAUUAAAAGAAAAAUGAAGAUCAGAACUCCAAAAGAAUUGGAAGAAUGGUCCUUUUCUGUCAAUAAUUCUGGUAAUAGUAACGAUAUUUCAAUUAAAGUUGAAGAAGAAUCGGAUGCUACAAUUGUAUUAGAUGAUGAUGAGGAGGUGGAAUGUUUAAAAGAAGAAGUUUUAGAAGAGGAAGAUUUACAAAAAGAAAAUAAUUUAAAGGAAAAUAAUUGUAAUUUAAAAUGUAAAGUAAAAAAUGUUGAAGAAAGAAUUAAGGCUUUGGAGGUAAGUAAAUGGAAGUAG